GGUGGCAGGAAAUGACAGAAAACCUGAAUACGGAACUGAAGCAGCAGCUCAGAAUUUCUUGCUCUGAAGUCGCAGCAGCUAGAGAGGAGCUGAGUGUCGCUGUGAGGAGCUGAGAGCUGAGAGCUGAGAGCAAACGCUUGCACGGUUGAAGAUGUGGAAGUCUGUGGUAGGGCAUGAUGUGUCUGUUUCCAUGGAGACCCAGGGUGAUGACUGGGACACAGACCCUGAUUUUGUGAAUGACAUCUCUGAGAAGGAGCAGCGAUGGGGGGCCAAGACCAUCGAGGGCUCUGGACGCACCGAGCACAUCAACAUCCACCAGCUGAGGAACAAAGUGUCAGAGGAGCAUGAUAUUCUCAAGAAGAAGGAGAUGGAGUCAGGGCCCAAAGCAUCCCAUGGUUACGGAGGUCGAUUUGGGGUAGAAAGAGACCGGAUGGACAAGAGCGCUGUGGGCCAUGAGUAUGUGGCUGAGGUGGAGAAGCACUCCUCUCAGACAGAUGCAGCAAGAGGCUUCGGGGGCAAAUACGGAGUGGAGAAGGACAGGGCAGACAAGUCAGCAGUUGGCUUUGAUUACAAAGGAGAAGUGGAGAAACACACAUCUCAGAAAGAUUACUCUCGUGGCUUUGGUGGCCGUUAUGGUAUAGAGGCAGAUAAACGGGACAAGGCUGCUCUAGGAUAUGACUACAAGGGAGAGACAGAGAAACACGAAUCCCAGAGAGAUUAUGCCAAGGGCUUUGGUGGUCAGUAUGGCAUCCAGAAGGACCGUGUGGAUAAGAGCGCUGUUGGCUUCAAUGAAAUGGAGGCCCCCACCACAGCUUACAAGAAGACAACACCCAUAGAGGCUGCUUCUAGUGGAGCCCGUGGGCUGAAGGCAAAAUUUGAAUCCAUGGCUGAAGAAAAGAGAAAGCGGGAGGAAGAAGAGAAGGCACAGCAGAUGGCCAGGCAGCAACAGGAAAGAAAAGCCUUGGUAAAGAAGAGCCAAGAGGCUCAGCAGCCAGUGGCCACUUUGGAAGAGCCAGUGGUACCAGCCCCAUUGCCCAAGAAAAUCUCCUCAGAGGCUUGGCCUCCAGCAGGGAGCUGUGCAUCGUCAGAGCCUGAGCCUGUGAAAACCAGUAGGGAACAUCCAUUGCCUCCCCUGCCCUCCAGGCAGAAUCCCCCAGAGGACUAUGAGGAGCCCCCAGCUCUGCCACCCAGGACUCCAGAAGUCUUCCAGAUGGAGGAACAGCCAGAGUAUGAAGAAGUACCUGAGCCUGAGUCCAAACUUAAGCCUGAGCCCAAGCCCGAGCCUGAGCCUGAGAAUGACUAUGAGGAUGUUGGGGAGAUGGACAGAUACGAGCAGGAUGAUGAACCAGAGGGGGACUAUGAGGAUGUGCUUGAGCCUCAGGAUCCUUCUUUUUCCUCCACUCUGGCUGGAUCAUCAGGCAGCCCAGCUGGGGCUGGGAUCUCAGCUGUAGCCUUGUAUGAUUACCAAGGAGAGGGAAGUGAUGAAAUUUCCUUUGAUCCAGAUGACAUCAUCACCGACAUUGAGAUGGUGGAUGAGGGCUGGUGGCGGGGACGAUGCCAUGGCCACUUCGGACUCUUCCCUGCAAAUUAUGUCAAGCUCCUCCAGUAACUGUCUCUCUCUGUCUUCUGCACUAGGACUUCCCAUGUACAGAGUGGCUCUGCCCCCAUCCCGUCUCCAUUCUUGCUCCAAGUGUCUGACAGGAUGUCAUGAGUUACCUGAAGUUCUAGAGAGGCUUCCCUCUCCUUCUCCAUUAGGGUUUGGGGUAGAGACAGCAUGAAGAAAACAGUCUCCUUCCCUUCUGUGUCUUCUCUACCCCAAAUGAGCUUAAGGCUGUUUAUCUUGUGGUCCUGCUUCCUUCCCCAUGAAUGCCCUCUCCAGCCCUCCCCGCUCCCCACCCAAGCUCUACCUUCCUUUGUCUGUGAAUUAUGAGCUUCCUGGUUUGCUAACCUGGGAAGGUAGGUCUCUAUCACCUAGUUUUCUAGGUUGUGCUAUUUGCUGACUUUCUUUUUCUGCAGAGAUAUCUCUGAAUAUUCUCUCUGCUCAGUCCUAAAUUGGAAAUAAAGUGGGACCAUGGCUCGCCUCUA